AACAUUUAGAAUACAUCAACCUUCAAGCUCCCCUUUGCUAUAGCUUGAACCUAUAGCCAUGGCUCUCUCUAAGCUUCUAGUUGUUUCCUUUCUUGCAUCACUUCUCCUCCUUCAACUUGUUGAUGCAGAUCAACGGGCAUUCGCACCAGCAAAGGGUACUGUUCUUCAGCAGAUAGAUUGUAAUGGAGCAUGUGCUGCGAGGUGCCGUUUAUCAUCUCGUCAAAAGCUAUGCCACAGAGCAUGUGGGACUUGUUGUAGACGAUGCAACUGCGUACCACCAGGCACUGCCGGCAAUGAAGAUGUGUGUCCCUGCUAUGCCACCUUGACUACCCAUGGUGGUCGACACAAGUGCCCUUAGACUUUGACCUCAAUACAACCAAGUGACCAACUCACGCAUGACAUUAUAUUAUAAUAAUACGCUUGGUUCGCUGUCGCAUAAAAUGUUGGUCAAUGUUGUGCUCUGAAGAAACGUCAUCGAAAAUAAAGCCUGUUUUCAAUACCUGUUGAAUAAUUGGGUGAAAAUUUGGGAUGUAUAUUUACAAAAUUAAAAAUGAUAUUGUGAAUUUGUGAUUCCUUUUGUUUUGUAUUUUAUAUUUACAUUGGUUGUACU